AUGACUUUUCAUCAUUUUCCUAAAGAUGAAAACCUUAGUAAUACUUGGAUUCAAAAUAUUGGUUUAAAUGAUACAUCUAGACUUUCUCAAAAAAGCAUCUUUUCUGAUAAUUUUGAUUCUGCUUGUUAUUUACUUAAUACAAAUCGAUUAAAAUUAAAUGCAGCUCCAAAAAUAUCCAAUUCUGUUAAUAUGAACACCUGA